AUGAACUACCACCUACCUGGCGCCUUCCGGUUCCCGUUUCCCCCCCUGUGGGCCAGAGGGGGUCAUCCCGGUCCCCACCAGGCGGGGUACCAUUUAAGCAAUUUACCUGGGCGGCCCAAAGCCGGAGAAGUGAGUCUCCCAUGCGGUCUCAUCAAAAUGGCCGAUGGCUGCACAGCAACAGCACUGACGGAGACGGCGUUCCCGCUAAGACACGCUGAUGAGGUGACACAGCAGUACUGCUAUCACAGGAAGUCCCAGAGGGCUCUUGAGUCCCCAUGCAACGACCCUGGAACACGCAUACUGACAGGCGAGAACCAUCAAAGACAGCACUUCCCUCAUAUACCCACAGCAAAGCGGCAAUCCCUGAGGCUCGCACACCGAGCAAGCUUCAUCAAUGAGAAAUGCUGGGAGGGCAAACGGGAAAAUCCACACCAUCCACUGACCGCAUGGUACUACAGCACUCAAACGUACCUGGCAACCUGGAAGCCUCCAAGGACUCUCCCCACACUUAGGCACAGACUAUGA